AUGCGAUCAUUUAAUUUCCUAACUUUACUGCCUUUGGUACUUGCCAAUCCGUUGAAUGUUCGCACUACCGCCUGCAACAACUCCCCCGACCUUUGCGAUAAGAGUUACGGCGAGAUUACCCACUUAGGUGCCCACGACAGCCCAUUCGUGCGUGACUCUACUACCGAUGACUCUAUUGCUGGUGACCAAUAUUACGAUACUACCACCCAACUCGAUGCGGGUGUCCGACUAGUAACCGCUCAAGUCCACAAGAGCAAUUCCACAUGGCACCUGUGCCACAGCAGUUGUGAUCUACUAGACGCAGGAUUGUUGAAGACUUGGCUGGGCAAGAUCAAGACCUGGCUUGAUGACAAUCCCAACGAAGUUGUCACCAUUCUUCUUGUCAACUCCGACUCAGCCACCGCUGCCGAACUAGGCGCUAUCUAUGAGGAUGCCAACAUCACCAGCUAUGCCUACGAGCCCAGCUCCCUGACCACCGCGCCCUCCUCCUGGCCAACCCUCCAAGAAAUGAUCAACAACGGCACCCGACUCGUGAACUUUGUCGCAUCCCUCGACGCAAGCUCUAGCUACCCAUACUUACUGGACGAGUGGGACUUUGUCUGGGAAAACAACUACGACGUGACCGACGCCUCCAACUUUACCUGCACACCCAACCGACCCUCCACCUACGAAAAUGAUCUCUCCUCCGCGCUAGCAUCCAACUUCCUUCCCUUGAUGAACCACUUCCUCUACUCUACAAUCUCGGUCAUCGACGUCGAGUACCCGAACGCUAGCUACGUCUCCACGACGAAUGCCCCGUCCGGUGGAACAGGCAACUUGGGAUCAACGGCGACGAAGUGCAAGGCGGCAUACAACGGGCGCCAGCCUACGUUCAUCCUCGUGGACUUCUUCAACCGUGGCCCUGCCAUCGACACAGUUGAUAGCUUGAACAACGUGACCAACGCCGUAGGUAGAACAUCCGUCUCGACAACUGCGUCGACGUCGAGCAGCGAUGGAUCCACCGUCAACGGCGUUCUCACAACCCUUGUCAACCUGGCCGAGUCUGCUCGCUCUGGCUCUACUCCCACUAUGGGCAACUGGAUCUGGGUUGGUGGCAGCUGGGGUAGUAUUCUAGGAGGCGGAAUCACCCUCUGA